UUUCAAGGAGAGUUCUUGCUUACCUAGGACAGAAAGGAAAAAUACUUAGGCUACCUUUCGGUAGUAUUUAGUUUUUCUUUGGCGAAACUAGUCGUUGUCUUUUGAUAUGUCGAGCAGGAAUCCUUUCCCCUUCCCAAAGUUUGAGAAUGACUUAACUCUGGGUGGUUUCAGACCGCAGCAGAGACGGACUUGCAACAAACCGACUCACAUCGCCCAGACAGAGGAACCAUGGAGCCGUCUCAAUGACACAGCCACCUUUUCCAGCACUAGGAGGAGCAUUAUGCAUUAUGAAUUCCAGGGUCCAAAAGACAGCCUCGACUUCCAGCUGAAGUCCCUCUACGACCACCACAAAGACCUAUUCGGAAGAAAGAACCAGAUUUUUUAUCAGAGGGAAACUUUCUCUGAGGACCAAAGGAAGCAGGAAAAGUUAAAGCAGGACCUGCUUAAAAAGGAUCAAGAAAAUCAGAUUAAAAUGUGGGUUGAUCCAAAGAGAUGCUCAGUUCACAGCAUUAAGUGAAGCCCAGGUCACGGCAUUUUCAAACCAAGUCAACAGCAGGGGGAGAAUCCAUCCAUUCAACAUACAGCCUUCCCUGCUUCACUCUCUUCCGGCAACCAUUAUUACAGCUCCAUAAUAAAUGAGUUCCUGUGCACUUUUGUUUAACUUGUGUUUUUCUAAAUGCUGAACGGAGCAUGAGUUACUUUUAAGUGAUUCAUGGAAAGCAAACAUGGUUAAAAUGUGUCUUUAAACCUGAGCCACAACUUUAAAAGUCUGUCAAGAACCAGUAU